AUGGAGAACGACAAGACAGACUAUGACGAUAGCCCGGUCAAGUACAUAAAGAGGUUGAAAUCUAUGAUUAACCACACCGACGGCGAUGAUAUUGCUGAUCUUAUGCCUCAGCGUCAGACACCAGAGGAAUGGCUUGAGGCGCUCACAAAACUGGACUUUACAGACUGUGCCUCUGUUUACGAGCUUCAGUCUGACUUGAUCGAUUAUGUCAUCGAGAAAUUCAUUCUGUGCACUGGUAAAGAUGUCUUUACUGUUUCGGCAUGGCCCGUCGCUAUGACUUUAGAGGAACCGCCAAUUUCGGAUCUCGACAGCCUCCAUCCAGGCCUUCUGGCUCUUGAAUUCUUCCGCGGAUCCGAAGCUCGACCUGCUCCCGCGGAUGAAAAAGUCCCCAAAUCAUCACUUCCUCGCGUAGUGUUGCCCAUAGGACGCUUGCUCAAAGGAUACACAACAGAGAGUGGUAUUUCAGAUUCUGAUGCGACUGCAUAUGUCCUGGUCGUUGAUACCAUUACGCCUGGGCAUCCUGUCUGGCUGAUCUGGGAUCGGCUGGCUGGACACGAACCCGAGCUACACUACGUCCACCCAGACAAACAUAACCCGGAUUUUAACGGAGUUGGGAAGAACUUUGAUGCUGCUCAGAUUCUCCCCAGUAUUAACGACUGGCUAGAGUCCUACGGAAACCUCGACCUCAAUCAGCUUGAGGAGUCUUACAAGGCGACUUGUAUCACCGGUGCUGUACAGGCCAAGGAAGUUCUCUUAUCGGAGGCUGAAGAGCUUUUGCGCCAGUAG